GCAAAAUGCCACUGACUGCAGAGACGCUGCGCAAGUACGCCCGCGUGUAAAUGAAGGUCUUGGACGAGGAGACGUUCUCCGUUAAAUUAUCGCACCGCCACUAUCGCGCUCAUCGGCUAACAACCUCGGAAGUGUGUGAGAUAACAUUAUCCUGAAUUGCCUCGAACGUCGUCCGAGUCGUCAGGGUGCCCAUCCUACGGAGGGAUGCUCAUCUGCAUGCAUUCUACUGUCUCUCAUAAGGGUUCUCUCAAAGCUUCCGAAGAAAAAAGGAGUUCCAAUCUCAAGGACGAUGGCAUCAUCCCUGCAUCAGGAAUGCUCCAGAAGCUGACCGCUGCAAUGCCGACAUCCGUUGUGCGUCGCUUGAGUACUGGACAAAGGACACCAGAACAAACAUAAAAUAAAGGGAACCGCACUUACGUGAGCUCCCGCACAGGACAGGACUCGACUGCUCCCAUUGGAUAACUCACCAAGCCUAUGGACUUCGACGACAUCUUGCCCCACAUUGGGGAAUUCGGGUCUUAUCAGAAGACCAUCUACCUUUUACUGUGCUUACCUGCCAGUAUUUCAUCUGCAUUAACACUCUUCAGCAGUAUCUUCAUCUCUGCCACACCAGACCACUGGUGCAGGGUGCCAGAGCUAGACUGUUUCGCAGAUGUAUUUACACCAGCCGCAGUUAAGGAGCUUAGCAUACCGAUAACUGGGACUGGUAAAUUCCACAAGUGUGAAAUGUACGAUGUCAAUUAUACGGCAGUUAUCACAAGGGCACAACUGUACGCCGUCCAACCGGUGUCCGACGAGUCAUGGCCAAGGAAACCAUGUGACAACGGAUGGCAUUAUGACACCACCUUCUAUACAAGCACUCUCGUGACGCAGACGGAUGCGGUAUGCGAAGCUGCCUGGAAGGUGUCCAUGGCGCAAUCCGUCUUCUACGUAGGAAAUGUGGUGGGCAGUUUGUUCUUUGGGUAUAUCGGAGACAGAUUUGGAAGAAAGCCUUCACUCACUGCCGUGAUCCUCCUGAACGUCGUCACGGGACUCCUGACAUCGUUUACGUCCAGCUAUGAAUGGUACAUCGCCUACAGAGGCAUCAUCGGUUUGACCUUCCCAGCGAUCUUCCAAACACCAGUAAUCAUGGGAAUGGAACUCAUGAGCCCAGACAAGAGAACUUUCAGCGGUAUGCUGGUGUGCAUAUUCUUUGCCAUAGCGAUGAUGGCCCUAGCAGGCUUGGCUUCACUUCUCCGAGACUGGUUCUCGCUAUCCCUAGUCUGUUCUGUACCCUUCAUCGCACUGCUGGCCCUCUGGUGGGCAGUUCCCGAAUCUCCAAGGUGGCUGCUUAGCCACAACAGGCUCCUCGAGGCAGAAGUAUUGGUACAGAAAAUAGCCAAGAAGAACGGCAGGAAAAUCUCAAGGAAUUUUCUACAAACCUGGUUUGAAGAGAAAAGCCACCUGAAGGGAGCCACAGCCAAGUUGGACGAAGCAUUAUCUGUGACAGCUCUCAUUAGGUACCCGAACAUCAUCAAGAAAGUGCUCAUUGUCAGUUUCUGUUGGACGGCAAACACUAUGGUUUACAACGGGCUUUCCUUUGGAGUGUCGUCGGCUCUAAACAUCAGCGAAUAUCUGUCCUUCUGCAUUUCUGGAGCAGCAGAGAUACCGGGCAUUAUACUGGCGUGGGUCACAAUGGACAGAAUUGGGAGGCGACCAGUCAUGAUUGCCACAAUGCUGCUUGGGGGAGUUGCUUGCACUUCCACCUUCUUCCUUCCUUCUGAUGCAGUCUGGGUCGCUGUGUCACUCAGCAGCAUCGGCAAGAUGGCUAUCACGGCAUCAUUUGCUAUAAUCUACAUUUAUGGAGCUGAGCUGUUCCCAACAGUGCUGAGAGCGUUUGCCAUGGGAUUUCCCUCCAUGUUUGCCGGCCUCAGCCUUGUUCUCACACCGCAGAUAUUGUUUCUGGGUCAAGCGCAUGGGACCCAAGUUCCUAACUUGAUAUUCGGGGCCCUGGCUAUUGCCGGAGGAUUUAGCGUCUUCUUCCUUCCAGAAACGUCAAAAGCUCACCUUCCACAAACACUACAAGAAGGAGAGGCAUUUGGAAAAGAUAGCAGCUUCUGGAGCUGCUCCGGAAAUCGCAAUCCGGCUACGCUGGAAAAAGAGCGAGUGACAGUGACGUAGUCCAAAGGAAGCGUAUCGGGACUGCGAUCAUCACCGCAACCCUUUGCAACCACCACAAAGAGUAGAGCACCUGGAUCGGCAUGGCAUCACUGAUCAACGUGUUUAUUACUCGCCUCCAUAAGACAGCUGAAGCAGACAGCUUUAAGGGCGGACUGCAGCACGUACAUUGGCAUCAAUUGAGACACGAGGUCGUGUGAACCACCUUGCCGUGGUGAACAUUUCAGACUUUUUUUUCAUCAGGCUAGUACUCUGAAAAGAGAAAAGACUUGGGUUAUGUCCAGCUUCGGUUCACGAUACAUGCUCAUUAUAAAAUAUUCUCUAGAAAAAGGAAUGCAAGGAAUCCUGAUCCAUUGAGCAUUACCUUUCAGUUCUGCUCUCGCAUCGUGUAUCAGUGACCAUGUCAAAUAAAUAUUGCACGAACAUUUAAA